CAGCUGCCGCUUUCAGUCCAGAGAACUCUGAUAAGGCACGUCGUAUCUACCUCUCUGCCAAGGACUGAAACCAUCCCUCGCUUUUGAAGCCUUUUUCUCAUUCGCUUGUCUUUUUUUUUUUAAUCACACCUAGAGUGAAUUGUCACUCAUUUUACCUGUUCAGAUGCAAUUCAGGUGGAGUUUUUAUUAGUUUUUCUCAGUCUCAGCUGUGUUGGCAGCGGUGUGUGUGUGUGUGUGAGGGAAGGUGUGUGGACUAUGCUCAUCUCGGUCGAUUAAAGGAGGAGUGGAGGAAUUGAUUCUGUGGAGAGAGAAUCUCCACAACGUGGACUGAUCGUACAGGAUAAUUCUAAAGAUGCAAAGAGCUGCCACAGUGUCUGUGACCCAAUUCACAACAUUACAGAACACCACAGCCAUCACCAAGUCUAGAGAACAAAUCCUUACCCAGAGCUCAGGAGCCAUGAUCGCUGUAAUCGUCAUUGGUAUAAUCAUCAUUCUUACAUUUUUACUAAUAGUCCUCAAGACGUACAACAGGAGGACCCACGCGAAAAGGAUGCUGGCAGGGGGCUCAAGCAAACCACGAAAGAAGGUUUCAUCAGCUACUACAAACACAAACAUGGCCAUGAGCAACAUGGGCGCGAACUCAAUAUCUGGAAGCGUGCAGUCUACCACGUUCUUAGAGAAUGGAUUCCGCAUUCCUCGGGUGGAUCUGGGAAACAUGGAGCGGAGUAAUGGGGAGCAUUUUAGCACCAACAGCGGCUCAACUAUUGUGACGAUACAUGACAUGCCAUCAGUUGAUAACACAUAGCAGACAUUCUCGACAUUCACACGUGCUAAAGCACAUGAACAUGAACAACAAACAGAGCAUAGUAGAGCCCAAUGGAAAAUGGUCUUCAUAUCUGGGUUGUUACCAUUAACUAAACUGUCCAAACAUUUACUGUGUUCCAACAUCCAAAGUUGGGUGUUGUGGAAUUUGGGGGGACAUUCUAGACAGGCACUGCAUCACUGAAAGCCCAAGACCCUAUACAUUUUAAUGCAGGACCUGAGGAACAGGUACAAAGGUUCUAGCAACGUGUCCCACCACUUAAGACUAUAUUUUUACACUUAGCACUGGAUUUGGAGAUAAAAUAUUUUAGCUAAACAAUAUAUAUUACUGCUAUGAACAGAAAACGUUUUUUUGGUAAAACAACAGAAUUGGGCACUGCUUCUGGUCCUCUAUGACAUGAGAUUUCAUCUACAGAUAAAGGAUAAC